AUGCCCUGAUUGCAAUCAGGCUUCUCUCCUUUGUUUUUGGCCUCUAUUAAUGCUGCUCUUGAACUGAUAGAUUUUCUAUACAUCACUUUUUUCACUGCUUAUUUUAUUGCUAUUAUUUCAUUAAAUCUUGUAUUUGUACUUUUUCUCAAUCAUUCAUCGUCACCUUCCAACCUAAAUCAUGACAAUAAUAAGCGUCUUGAUCGAUCGCGACUGAAGCCAGUAGCAUCUCGCAAGAAAGAGCAAGCUUUUGCCACUGCCAUUCGAGUCCAGGGUGCCGCAUCUACUCCACAGCGGCCAGCUGUUAGCCUUUCUUGCACCACUGCUUCCAAUAGCUCCAGUAUGGCAUCUUUACAAACUGCAACUCGUGAUGUCUUUCCGGCCCUGGGUGCUGAGCCAUUGGCCACAAGCAUGUUGAAUGUAACUGCCUUGGAUGAAUUUGAGGCUAAGGAAAGCAAAGCUGCUUACACCAUGCCCGUAGAAUCCAUGAAAACGAAAUUUGUGGUUCCCUUUAGCAGUGUACCUAGACGAGCUUCCUGCACUAUCUCCCAAAGCUCCUCUUCCCUCAGUUCUUGUCUCUACCCCAAGACUGAAGCACCGGUAACGAGUCUGCCAGAUCCCAAGUCGGUGGUCUCAAUCCAACCGGGAGCUGUUUCACCAAUAAUUAUUUCUGCAGCUGAUAACGUUCUCGCUUCAGGAGUCAGCACUGUGUCCCAAGUGCCGCGCUUUACACCAAUUGGACUAGGUCUAAAGCUAGCGGCAGAGGUCAAUCGUCUGGAUGAACUGAAUGCUUCGAUCCAGCAGCUAGCCGAUCUUGAGGCUCUGCAUCAACUCUCAGCCACUCAGGCGGAUACACUUACUCUAGCUCAGCUCAUGAAGGUCAGCUUAUCUACUUCUAUCCCUUAA